CCCUUCUGAGCAACAAAAGAAACUUUGUUUUGGGGGGUGAAAAAGCUGUCUCCCUCUCUAGCCAAUUUAGCAACAGAGCAACCUGCUGGAGAGAGAGAGAGAGAAAAAAAAUGGCGUCUUGGAAUUCGGUUCCGCUUGAAAUCACAUACGAAACCUUGGGAUGGAUCGCUUUCUUUUCAUGGUCUAUCAGUUUCUAUCCACAAGUCAUCUUAAAUUUCCGCCGGAAAAGCGUGGUGGGUUUGAACUUGGAUUUCGUGGUCUUGAAUUUGACCAAGCACUCUUCUUACUUGAUUUACAACGCUUCUCUUUACUUCAGCUCUGCUAUUCAGAACCAGUACUUUGAAAAAUAUGGCUAUGGGGAGAUGAUACCUGUAGCUGCAAAUGAUGUUGCUUUUUCAAUACAUGCUGUUCUCUUGACAGCAAUUACAUUGUUUCAAAUUGCAAUCUAUGAGCGUGGAAAUCAGAAGGUCUCUAAGAUUGCCAUAGCAAUUGUCUGCGCCGUGUGGCUAACUGCUGCUGCUUGUUUUUUCGUAGCUUUGCCUAGCCACUCUUGGUUGUGGCUAAUCUCCAUCUUUAACUCAAUUCAAGUUUUUAUGACAGUCAUCAAGUACAUUCCCCAGGCAAUUAUGAACUUCAUGAGAAAGAGCACAGAGGGCUUCAGCAUUGGAAACAUUUUGCUUGAUUUUCUUGGAGGGGUGACAAAUUAUGCUCAAAUGGCUGUGCAGUCUAUAGACCAAAAUUCUUGGGUAAACUUCUACGGCAACAUGGGGAAGAUAUUGCUAUCAUUGGUAUCCAUUUUCUUUGACCUACUUUUCAUAUGUCAACAUUAUAUCUUAUAUCCUGGCAAGAAAGCAAAUCAUAUUCCCAAGCUCGAUAAAGAGGGCGUGGAGCCCCUUAUAGAGUCUUCAGAUGAUUCAACAGAAAAUGUGUAAUUCUUGGUUUGGCUCAUAGUGUUAACGAGGAAACUUACAGGAUUAUUCAAAGAUAGUCAGUCUGGUGGUUUCUCUUGUAUUUUCCUGUUACUGUUGUACAAGAAUGAAGUUGUCCAAAGGCAUUAUAUUGUAAAUAGUGGUUGUGACUUGUGACAAUAAUUCCUUGAAGUAAUUUACAGUGUUUGAUAUGAUCUAUGAGGACAUGAAGCCUGAAAGUUUAUUUAAAUAUACAAAUCCAUAACUUUUUUUACA